AUGGCCGUCGCCUCCCAAUUGGGGUUAAGGCAGAACCACAGCCAUUCUAGUCAUGCCGCCAACGCACAACAAGCUCAGCUUGCAAAUGCCUACCAGAACCUCGCUCGAGAACUCGCAUCGGACCAGAUCAAGGUCGUUGGGGGUUACACCUUGGGCAAAGUCAUCGGUGAAGGUGGGUGCAACAUGGUUGUGCUGUUAGAGGGAGAAGCUCGUCGUUUGUUUGGAGAGCUGUGUACGGCAGUAGGGUACUUGCAUCGUCAAGGCGUGGUUCAUCGCGACCUCAAGCUGGAAAAUGUCCUCCUGGAUGGAGAGAUGCGAGUGAAGCUCGGAGACCUUGGUUUUGCCCGAGAGUACCAGCGAGGAAGACUGCUCGACACAUACUGCGGUACUACAGGUAAGUCGAUAGCUUCGAUCUUAGCUGAUAGGCUAGGCUACGCGUCUCCCGAAAUGCUUGCCUGCAAGAAGUACCUCGGUGUGGAAACAGACAUAUGGUCCCUGGGCAUCAUUCUGUACACACUCCUCUGCGGCGGUCUUCCCUUCGACGAUGACGACGAGCGCGUCAUGAAGGACUUGAUUCAGAAGGGAGAAUACGAAGAACCAGAGUGGCUCUCAGAGGAAGCCCGUUCCCUCAUUCGCAGUAUGCUACAGCACGAGCCGGCCGACCGACCCUCGAUGGAGGAAAUUCUUACACACCCAUGGUUCAAGAAGACACUUUACGACAGUGUUACCGGCGCCACCAGCACGGACGACCCUAGGUCGUUGGCCAGUGUGCCUGCUUCCCCCAUGGCCAUGCAGACGAUGACACUGUGCCGGGGAAGCCGACCUCCGGGGAGUACUUCUCCAACGACUGCGGAAACCGAGGAAGACGCUGUGCCUACGGAAUGUCCCCAGCUGAACGAAAAGACUCUUGAGCUGCUGCACCGCAACUCGUCGCAGAGUACGAUUCGACAUGCUCCUGAUGGGUCGAGCACCUCAAACUUGUCACUCAGGAGCCGCUUGGCGAAGAACUCGAGCGUCGAGUUUGUCGACGACGAGGAUCAGAUCACUCCAAGAGAGAACAAGCGUCUGAGCACCAGCAGCUUGCCAAUGAUCGACGAGCGUUCGUCGUCUCAUACGCACCUUCCGUUGGCUGAACAUUCUCGCACACCGCUCCGCACCAAGCGACGCAGCUUGACUAGCCAGCUCACGAUGGAAAGACGACAUAGCCACCAGUCCAUGUCGAGCCAAUGGCAAGCCUUCCCUGCAGAGGACUACCUCGAGAUCCUCAACGCCGAUCGCCCGCCUUUGUUCUCCACGCCCAGCGAGAAGCUACUGCUUUCACGUCUAUCGGAUCUGGGUUUCGACACUGGUCAACUCAUGCACAGCGUCAGAAGCGACGCUUGUGACACCAGUGCUGCCAUGUGGUGGAUUUUGAGAUUGAAACAGCUGGAGCGUGGAGAAACAGACGACCUGGUGCAAUCUCGGCAGGAGAAGCGCAAGGAGCGCCGUCGACGUCGCAACAACGACAAGGCGACUCCCAACGUGACUCUGGCAGAGCCAUCGCUGUAUACUGGGUCUGGACCUCCAUCGCGACGAAGAUCGCACGAGGAGAAUUUCCUUGCAUCAUCCACAGCAAGCAGCUUCAAUCCCCCGGAACAGACGCAGCUCCAGCCGCCGUCGACCUGUGCCUCACCAACAUCACCCAGCACACCACAGGACCAAUCCCCGUUGAAGGAACGCAAGUCGCGGCAGUCAAUGAACAUGCUUCAGAGAGCAACGUCAGUCUUCGUUGGAGGCAAGCACGGCGUCAACAAGAACGGCCACGCGGAUAAAGCGGAUCGUCCGAACCCCGAGGCAGACUCCAAGGCUGCCCGUGCCGAAUCGCCCACCAAGCGUGCGUUGUUAGGCCAUGGUGUGCCCGCUAUGCCUAUCUUGCCGACCAAGGUCAGCAAAAGCGACAGCGAUCCAACUUUGGCGGCGACCGAUCUAGCGCCCAAGACUCCUCCUCAGGCGGUCAGCCCAGCUCGCAGUAUUCCGGAACAGCAGCAGCAGUUGCAGCAAGGUCAACAGGCGGCACAGCAACCGAAGGGGCCAAAGAAAGACUCCCUUUGGACGACCUUCCGCCACCUCUUCAUCGAGGAUAAACGCAGAAGGAAGGGCCGGGAGGAGAACGCAGCGCCACCUCCAGUUCGACCGCCACCGGUGAUACCUUCGCGCGGUUUGAGUGCCCGUGGGAUGUCGCGUACCUCUCUGCCGGGGUCGAGCCGACGAACGAGCAUCGACGGGCGGGUCAUCUACAGCCAUCGGUCCUCCGGCGUGAACAGUCGCCGGAGUUCUGUUACGUCCAUGAAUCAAGACUUCACCAUCAACAAGUUCGACGGUCUCAACCUAAACCGACGGGCUUCCGAGCGAUCCACUAAGAGCGCCAUGUCUGCACGAAGUGGAGCUAGUACGCCCAGCGAAAGACUCAGUCGGGCAAGCAGUAUCCGGAGCCGCCGGAGUCGGCGACCUCGCACACCAGGAGGAAGCUUCCGGCCACCGCCUUCCCCGCUCCACGACUAUCACCGUCGGGCAGCAAGUGGAGGAGCAUCGACGCGAGUUCGUCACAUUAAAGUGCUGCACGAGGCUAAGGCUCUCCGACCUUCCAGUGUCGCAUCUUCCAUCCGGUCGAACUGUUCCUCUUACGACUCGGACGAUACAGGUCGAGAAGACAACAGCAUUCGCAAUUACAGGAAGUGGAGCGACGAGAAAGGAGGUAGCUUGACACAGUUGGCUCAGCACCCUAAUAGAACGCGGAGCCCGUUGGCCAAAGGGCAUACGUCCACGUCUUCUGCAGGAUCUGUAGGAUCUGUUGGUCUCAUGUCCUCCGCCAACGGUCUCAAGCAACCGAAGCCUAUUCGGGACGUCUUUAAGACCAAGAAAACCGCAGACGACGACGACGAUGAGUGGGAGUCGGAGCAAGACGAGUUCUGCGGCGGAUUGGGCCAGAGCUCAGUCUCCACUUCGAACUAUACCUCCAAUCCCACGAACAAGUGGAACACGAAGAAGAAAGACAUUCGUGUCACCACCACAUCGGUGCGGAAGGCGAACCGGCACGGCGACUGGGGUCCGUCCCCACCCAGCGUCGGCAUCGGCAUCGGUAUCGAGCGAGCUCCGUUCGGCGACCGCGGUAGGAACCUUGCGGACACCAAAGAGGAGCAGAAGCGAGACCGAAGCGCCGAGCGAGAGAAGAAGGGCGGCAAGGAGAACACCGCGAACGCGAACUCGCGUAGUAGGAGGGGAAUGCCCGCGACCCGGCAGGCACCUGUGAUCGAGGAGGAAGAGGAGGAGGAAGAGUGA